AUGGUGCUCGAAGUCGGGUCUCUAAACCGCCAGACCUUAGAACCGUUCAGGACAUGGCAGCUUGAAAGGUCGGGAUGCGAAGACACGAUCGAUUCUGACGCUGGGACCGACCUAUUCUCAUCGUUAGUGCCACGGCAAUGCUCCAUACACCAUGGAGGCUGCCCCUCAAAUUCAGCCCAACCCCGGGGCUCGAAAGACGCGGAGAGUCCCCUGAUACAAUGUCUUGAGCUCCUCGCAACGGCCUCACCGAAGGCUAUCCCAGCGACUGAACAGGCCUCCUCCUCAGCCCGGGAGCAGUCGAACACUGCAUUCACUUUGGGCGAGAACCAUGAGAAAGCCGACUUUGACUUUCCCACACAACUUUCGCAGCUCAAGCUUGAGAAACGCCGCAGGCCAGAUUCAGACGUCGACGGACCACACACGGCCGCUCUGAGCUCUAAGAAGCGUCGCUUGAGACUUCAUCUCAUCACCAGCCGGCUGUCCCAGCCGUACUCACUACCCGCAACGCACAUCAUCCACCGUGACGGUGCGGCUUCGGGCGAUAAACGGUUCGUCAAGCUGGCUGCGGUAGCCACCUCGCCAGAGCACGGGAAGUCGGGCUUCAAUCGUGAGAGCUCGUUGAUGUUGCGGGCGGCCGUGUUGAACAGAGUGAGACUCCGCGUGCGGAACGAGGCGACGCAGCGGGGAGACGUCGUCAUUGCCGUUGCGGCUGCCAAUGCUGCCGUGCUUCACCACGGCCAACAGCUUGCCACCGGCGCAAGAUUCGUCGCUCCGUCUUCUGCACUUGCAGAGAGACAGGAACAGCCGCCCCCGAGGGUGGAGAGGAAACCGUCUCCUCCAAGGACGCCGCAGUCCACACGCACGUUGCCGAAAUCACCACGUCUACACCCGGCCCGUUCGCCUAACUUGGCGCCGUCCGAGGCCAUGUUAGAAGAGUUGGAUGAUGACGCUCCUCUGGCGUUCCCGACGUCAGACCACGACUGCCAGUACGCUUGGGCUGAUGAAGACGACCUGGAAGACGUAUACUCAGAUUUUGGGGCCAUCUUCGGCGGGUCGGCACAGACCCGAGAUGGUGAGGACGACGGCUCGUAUGAGGAAUAUCUCGAUGAGCUGGACGGGAUAUCGUGGGUUGGCCGGUGA